AUGAACUUUGGCCGGGGCCGCUCGGUGGUGUUGAACGUGGGGGGCACCCGCUACUCCUUCUCCCGCGAGGUGCUGAAGGACUUCCCGCUGCGGCGGGUGAGCCGGCUGCACGGCUGCCUCUCGGAGCAGGACGUGCUGGAGGUGUGCGACGACUACGACCAGGAGCGCAACGAGUUCUUCUUCGACCGCCACUCGGAGGCCUUCGGCUUCAUCCUGCUGUACGUGCGGCACGGCCACCUGCGCUUCGCGCCGCACAUGUGCGAGCUCUCCUUCUACAACGAGAUGAUCUACUGGGGGCUGGAGUGCUCGCACCUGGACUACUGCUGCCAGCGCCGCCUGGACGACCGCAUGUCCGACACCUACACCUACUCGGCCGACGAGCCCCCCGCCGGCGACGGCGGCGAGGACACGCGGCCCCCGGCCGAGCCCCCGCCUGCAGCCGAGGGCAGGAAGUGGCUGGAGAGGAUGAGGCGGACUUUCGAGGAGCCCACCUCGUCCGUGGCCGCCCAGAUCCUGGCCACGGUCUCCAUCCUCUUCGUCAUCGUGUCCAUGGUGGUGCUGUGCGCCAGCACCCUGCCCGAGUGGCGGGCGGCGGAGAACCGCAGCGUGGAGGAGCAGAGCAGGUACACAGCAGACUCAGUGAGGGAGCCCUCCGGGAUCAUUGAAGCUAUCUGCAUAGGCUGGUUCACUGCAGAGUGCAUUGUGAGGUUCAUCAUCUCCAAAAACAAGUGUGAGUUUGUCAAGAGGCCCCUGAACAUCAUUGAUUUGCUGGCAAUCACUCCUUACUACAUCUCUGUGCUCAUGACAGUUUUCACAGGGGAAAAUUCUCAGCUCCAAAGGGCUGGAGUCACUCUGAGGGUUCUUAGAAUGAUGAGGAUUUUUUGGGUGAUUAAACUUGCCCGUCACUUCAUUGGUCUUCAAACACUUGGUCUGACUCUGAAGCGUUGUUACAGAGAGAUGGUGAUGCUUCUUGUCUUUAUUUGUGUUGCUAUGGCAAUUUUUAGUGCACUUUCACAACUCCUUGAAAAUGGGCUGGACUUGGGAACAAAGAAUAAGGAUUUUUCCAGCAUCCCUGCUGCCUGUUGGUGGGUAAUAAUCUCGAUGACCACGGUUGGUUAUGGUGACAUGUGCCCCAUCACUGUACCUGGAAGGAUUCUUGGUGGAAUUUGUGUGGUUAGUGGGAUUGUUUUAUUAGCAUUGCCUAUUACUUUCAUCUAUCAUAGCUUUGUGCAAUGUUAUCAUGAGGUCAAGUUCCGAUCUGCUAGGUACAGCAGAAGCCUCUCUGCUGAAUUCUUAAAUUAA